GAGGUAAGUUGUUAUGAUGGUCAUUAUCUUGCACUUGCACCUAUAAAAACUCGAGUUUGUGAAGAAUUUGUAACUAGUGACUGCGAAGUUUGACCGAAAAAAUGUGCUCUGUUAUGAUAUUGAAGGUUCUUUUGUUCGUUAAUGCCGUCUAUGCGGCCAGCUUGCGGGAAAUUGUCGAAAAUGUUUUCAGUCAUAGUGAUGGCACGAGGAUAACUGGGAUGCAUUCUCUAGAUCCCGUCACUUUGGAACAUUUCCACGUACUAGACGAGGGAGUGGGCUCAAAAACCCACUACACGAACUGGAAAGUUACAGGUUUCAAAAAUGCUAUAAUGUCCGAUUACACUGAAAACGGUGAAAAUGUCAAAUUCACAGUUAAAUUCGACUUCAUAGCUGAGGGUCCAGUAAGAAUCGAAAUCUUAGAUAAGGAUAAAUCUCUUGAAGGAAAUGUUAAAUACGAAGGAGGUUCCACUAAUCACAUUACCUUCAGUUACACGAAAAAGAAGGAAAAUGACUUCGAUUUGUAUGAAAUCGGACAUUACAACAUCUCGUGCGAGUCGGAGCACGCCAAGUCAACUAUAGCUGAUGAUCUACGUACCGCUCUGAAUAACGAUCCUGACGCGAAGUCUAAAGAAUCUGAUUACGAGAAGAAUUACAAGACUGAGCACCAAGCGAAGGUUGUUUGCGCAAUAACGAAGGCUGUAUUUCAUGAGUAUUUUGAAAACCUUCAGAUCCUCGGACGUGAAAGAAACCAGUGAACAGUUUUAUUUUGAUUCGAUUUUUUAAUUUUAAAAUCAUAUGGGUUAAUGAAAUUUCAUUGUUUUAUUUAUAAUACUAAUUAGGACGUGUGGUAGUUGAUCUUGUGUUAGAAAGUGAAAUAAAACUUUUGAAAAUAUGUUGCUCCGCACAACACUACUCCAAUGGACAUGAAAUACUAAAUAACUUAUCUACUGAUACAUACUUUACUUUUAUUUGUUAUUUUGGGCAACUAAUAUCCUUUUAUCAAAUAUUUGUCCAAUGUAAAGACCAAAGAAAUUGAAGAAUUAUGAAGGAUUUUGUAAAAUGUGGUAGCAACACUGAUGUUUUGUUCAUAUUUAUGAUAAUUAUAUGUUAUAAUUUAGGCUGCUAAUAAAAUUUCAUAGAUUCUUUCAAA